UCGCAACACAACGAUAUACAUCAAUGCGUCGAUAAGCUGAUUGUCGACAGAGAUGCAGUAGUUUGUUUAGCCAUUUUAUUUUCACUUAAAGAAAUAAUUAUACGCUGCUAAAAUUUAUAAAUUUUGUUUAUCAAGAAAUAGUAAAACGGCCCAAAAAUGACUAUUGGCAAGAAUAACAAAAUGAUUCAGCACCUGAAUUAUCGGGUGCGAAUUGUACUGCAGGAUUCUAGGACGUUUAUUGGAACUUUCAAGGCAUUUGAUAAGCAUAUGAAUCUUAUAUUGGGCGACUGCGAAGAGUUCCGUAAAAUACGCUCUAAAAACUCGAAAGUGCCAGAGCGGGAGGAGAAGCGUGUGCUGGGGUUUGUGCUGCUGCGUGGUGAGAACAUAGUAUCACUUACCGUUGAAGGCCCGCCACCACCCGAAGAGGGUCUGCCACGAGUACCCAUUCCAGGCGCUGCCCCAGGUCCAGGAAUUGGUCGUGUAGCUGGCCGUGGCGUACCGAUGAACAUAUCGUCCGUACCGGCUGGCUUGCAAGGUCCCGUAAGAGGCGUGGGUGGUCCCGCUCAACAGCACAUGGCGCCGAUGGGUCGAGGUGUACCCCGAGCCCCAAUGAUGGGUGCACCGCCGCCAGGCAUGAUUCCCGGCGGCAUUCCUGCUAUGCCAGGCAGUCUCGGACGCGGCGCACCACCACCAAUGAGAGGACCACCACCGAUGAUGCGCGGUGCACCACCGCCAGGUCGGGGUGGCUAUUAAUUAACAGCAUCCGUUUAUCUUUAUAGUAAAUAAAAUAAAAUUUGAGUCAGUAA